UCCAAAUCUCUGCUUCUGCGGAGAAAAAAUUUUGGGCGAAAUCGAGAGGGGCGAAUGAGUUUGACUACGGAUCUGGACAAGGUCCAGCGGGAGAUCGCCAUCAUGAAGAAACUGAUCCAUCCCCACCUCGUCAGCCUUUAUGAGGUCAUCGACGAUGCCAGCCAGGACGCCUUGUACUUGGUGCUCGAAUACGUGCCCGGCGGCCCGAUCAUGGACUUUGACGCGGAGGAGCGUCGGUACGUGUGUCCUCGGUCUUCUGACGGAAUGGGCGUUUUGAAUGAGGUCCACGCGGCGAGAGUGCUGAGCGAUAUGUUGGCGGGGCUCGUCUACCUACACGUGCAUCAUAUUGCCCACCGAGACCUGAAGCCCGAGAACGUGCUGGUGGGCCGCGGAGGCCGGUGCAAAAUAGCUGAUUUUGGUGUCGCGCACCACUUCGAAGAGGAAGCAGCGCGUAUCUUGGCUCUGGACGACCAGGCCGGGGCUGGCGCAAGCAGGGAAGGGCUGGCGACAGGGACGACGUCCCCCAGCGUCUCCUCGCACGAGCACCAGCUCCAUUACC